GGUGAAGGAAGAGGAGGAGGAGGAGGCAGACGUAGCCUCCGUGUCGAAACAUGAGCCGUUUUUCACGGAAAAUACGAGCAACGCGUAUGCUUUGAGCCGUACGAAAAAAAAACUAAUAAUAUUGAUAGUACCGAAUAGCAACAAAAGCAGUGAUAUUCAAGUGAAAAGUACACAAUGUUAGUAAGUUUAAUAUGUGCUUGGACAUUCAGAUAGCAAUACCUAAAUGUUAGGGAAGGUCCAGUGCGGCAAAAUAUUUACACUUUCGCUCGUUUAAAGCCAUUUUAUAUAUUGUUUUGUUUUUCGAUUUGGUAGUGAGUGCGUGAUUUGGCAUUUGCAAAACGAUGAAGAAUCUGAAUCUGACGAGAAUAUUUGUAAUAUUCGCGGUGCAUUUGCUACGUGCGACCGACGGGACGCAAAAGAACAUGAUUUCGGAUCGCCUGGAGAACGUUACGCAAACAAUAUCGAAGCUGCUCGAGGGCUACGACAUCCGUUUAAGGCCGAAUUUCGGAGGCGACCCGCUUUACGUCGGCAUGGAUCUCACUAUAGCCAGUUUCGAUGCAAUCUCCGAGGUUAAUAUGGACUACACGAUCACGAUGUACCUAAAUCAAUAUUGGAAGGACGAAAGAUUGGCGUUCAGCAGCGAGGAGGAGAUCUUAACGCUCUCUGGAGAUUUCGCGGAGAAGAUCUGGGUGCCGGACACGUUCUUCGCCAACGACAAAAACAGUUUCUUGCACGACGUGACUGAAAGGAAUAAGCUGGUUCGUCUGAACGGAGAUGGAGCAAUAACUUACGGAAUGCGAUUCACGACUACCCUCGCCUGCAUGAUGGACCUACACUAUUACCCGCUGGAUUCGCAGAAUUGCACCGUCGAAAUCGAGAGCUAUGGUUACACCGUUUUGGAUGUGGUCAUGUACUGGAAGGAGACGCCGGUGCGUGGGGUCGAGGAGGCCGAACUGCCGCAGUUUACGAUUAUCGGGUACGAGACGAACGAUAGGAAGGAGAAAUUGGCGACAGGAAUCUAUCAGAGAUUGUCGCUAUCGUUUAAACUGCAAAGGAACAUCGGGUACUUCGUCUUUCAGACGUAUCUGCCAAGCAUCCUUAUCGUGAUGCUCUCGUGGGUUUCUUUCUGGAUAAACCACGAGGCCACCAGCGCUCGAGUAGCUUUAGGUAUAACGACAGUCUUGACAAUGACGACGAUAAGCACGGGUGUGAGGAGUUCACUUCCGAGGAUCAGUUACGUGAAGGCCAUCGAUAUUUAUCUGGUAAUGUGUUUCGUGUUCGUGUUUGCCGCACUCUUGGAGUACGCCGCCGUCAAUUAUACGUACUGGGGCGCCAGGGCCAAGAAGAAGAGCAAAAAGGCCAAGGAGGAUGACAAAAAGAUCGGUGGGACCAAACCGAGCUCCUCCUCAGCAACAACAGCUGCAGCGGCUGCGGCAUCUUUAUCCUCCGACCACGGUAACCAUAGCGUGCCCGAAGACAUCAUCGAGCUGCAGGACGUUCGGUUGAGCCCGAUCGCCUCGAUUCGCAACAGACACGGCCUCAGAUCGAGCCCCACGUGCGGACUUGGCGCCGACAUCGAUCCAUCCAAGUUUCCGCCAAGCUUCCGCAUCUCCAGAUCGGCCGCAAGUUAUUGCGUGAAUCCCAGAUCGGCGGGCCUCCGGUUCAGAGGUGCAAGAGGUGCGACCAUGAACAAACCGAAAGUACUGCACGCCAUCAGGAAGGGAGCUUCCGUGCUGCGAGCCUCGAUGCCCAAAAUCAAGGACGUCAACGUUAUCGACAAGUAUUCUCGGAUCAUCUUCCCGGUCGCCUUCAUGCUUUUCAACGCCGGCUACUGGGUUUUCUAUUUUUUUGAAUGACUCAUCUCGUACUCUCUCCUACUUCUGCGAGAGUGAUCGAUACUCAAUAGAACCAUAUUCAAAGUAACAGAAGAACAUUGUAUCUAUUCUAAACUCAAAGAACGAGUAGAUCCGCCAAAUAUAAAAAUGAUUUUCUACAAUACGAAACAUUAUUGCCAAAUGUCAUUGGACAAUGUCAUUGGACAAGGUCUAACAAAUAUUCAAGAAGAGAGUUAUAUUCACAAACAUGUCACACGAAUAUCGAAUUGACUUUUACAAAAUACCUUUUUUUUCGUCUUCAUAUUUAGAGGUUUUAUAUGUAAGUGAUGGAUCUGUUAUCGAAUUUAGGUGCAAGGGACCUGCGAGUCGCGUUUCCCAUCGUUGGUUGGGACACAAAACGCAAACCAAAAGAGAAAGGCAAUUUUAGAUUUCGAAGUGGAAUGGAAAGUUAUAAAUUUAGAACGAUUUCCCUUAAAUUUGUAUGUGUAAGUGUAACUUUAACAGAAGAAUGAAGAGAGAAUAUAUUAAAUAUAUAUAUAUAUAUAAAAAUUUGAAAAUGAAGCAACUAA